AUCCCCACCAGCCCCGCCCAUCUUAUUCUAUAACCUUUGACCUUUCCCUAACAACACUAGCCUUCAUACUAGACUGUACCAAGUACCAAAGACUGUUCUACAGCUUUCCUUGCCUUCUACUCGAUUAUAUAUAUCUUGUCUCUGGAAUCCCCUGGUAAGGAACCGGAAGUCGACAUGUCCAACAACUGGCCCAGAGAAUAUGAGAGGGUGACAGAUCUCAAGGACGUGGACCGUGAGGACAUGGUUGCGUUCACGAAAGCCAAGCACCAAUGGGUUAGAGACAGAGCAAUUGAUCUUGAAACUGUGAAGAUACUCCGGGAGAGAGUGAAGAACUGUCAGAGGAAAGAGGGGGUGAACCAUCCUCAAAGAUGUAGAGACCACGCAAUAGCUUACAUGACAGCACUGCGAAAAUACCAAUCUGAAGGCUGGAAGAAAAUUCAUUCAGACCAUUAGUGACUGUUGUGUGCAUAAUUAUAGUUUGUGUAUCGUGUCUACAUAAUAAUUACAUAGGAUCAUGGCAUCAUGUUUGUAAUGUGUCCUUAAUAUUCAUUUGCGCUAGUUGGAAAAUAACUCAAUUAAUUUUUUUAACAAAGUAACAA